GGAAGAAGGAGCUCUUGGAGGCCGCGCCGCCUAGCCUUUGGCGCGGGAGUUGCUUCCGGGUUGCGCACCGGAAGCAGGAAGUUGGAGGUUUAUCCUCCUCGCCCGGCGGCUGCUGUCCCCGAGGCGGGAGGAGCCUGAGGGGACGCGGGCCCCGCAAGGAUUUUGUAUUGGAAGACAUGGAUCUUGCUGCCAAUGAGCUCAGCAUUUAUGACAAACUUUCAGAGACUGUUGAUUUAGUGAGACAGACAGGCCAUCAAUGUGGCAUGUCAGAGAAGGCAAUUGAAAAAUUUAUCAGACAGCUGCUGGAGAAGAAUGAACCACAGAGGGGGCCACCCCAGUACCCUCUCCUUAGAGCUGUGUAUAAGGUCCUCGUAACCCUGGGAUUAAUCUUGCUCACUGCCUACUUUGUGAUUCAACCUUUCAGCCCAUUACCACCUGAACCUGUGCUUUCUGGAGCUCAUACCUGGCGCUCACUCAUCCAUCACAUUCGGCUGAUGUCCUUGCCCAUUACUAAGAAGUAUAUUCCAGAAAAUAAGGGAGUUCCUGUGCAUGGCAGUAAUGAAGACAGACCCUUUCCAGACUAUGACCCCUGGCGGACAAACAGUUGUGAACAGAAUGAGUCAGACCCCAUCCCUGCCAACUGCACUGGCUGUGCCCAGAAAUUACCCCUCAAGGUAAUGCUUCUGGAAGACACCCCGAGGAAAUUUGAGAGACUCCAUCCUCUGGUGAUCAAGACAGGACAGCCCCUGAUGUCUGAGGAACUUCAGCAGUUCUUGUGCCGGUACCCUGAGGCAACAGAAGGCUUCACUGAAGGGGUUUUCACCAAGUGGUGGCGCUGCUUUCCUGAACGGUGGUUCCCGUUUCCUUAUCCGUGGAGAAGACCUUUGAAUAGGUCACACAUUUUACGUGAGCUUUUUCCUGUUUUCACCUACCUGCCAUUUCCAAAAGAUUCCUCCUUGAAAAAGUGCUUCCUUUUUCAACCGGAACCUAUUGUGGGGAGUAAGAUGCAUAGGAUGCAUGAUCUGUUUACUGUUGGCAGCGGUGAGGCCAUGUUGCAGCUCAUCCCUCCCUUCCAGUGCCGAAGCCACUGCCAGUCAGUGGCAAUGCCACUAGAGCCCGGAGAUGUUGGCUAUGCUGGUGCCACUCACUGGAAGGUCUACGUUAUAGCCAGAGAGGUCCAGCCUUUGGUCGUUUGUGAUGGAACCACCCUCUCGGAACUAUAGGAAACAACUAUGUAGAGGAACAGCUUUGAGAGCUGAAGAUCAGAAUGAAAGGAGGGAAAUAAAAACAAAAACUAUGACACCAUUUUCCAGGGGGUUGAUUACUUAGUUACCUGCCCUGUGCAUGCAUGUAUGAGCCAGCUGUGUGCUGGAGGCAAUGGCCAGAGCCUGGCCCUUCCAACCCUUCCAGCCCAGCGGCUUGGCCAGGACUUUGCUAUUACCCAUCUGUGAGAGACUGGGUUCUUCCAGGCCUUUCAGCACUGUCGCCUUGAGGCUGCUCCUCAGACAGGAAACAGGGUUGGUGCCUUCCCUCACUUGCAUGGCACAAUCCCCUCUGCUGCCUCCCUGGCCAUGGAGAGGACAGCCAGCAGGCCUUAACUUCAGAGCCAUCCUUUACUACGUGGGCCUGCUUGUCGUUUCUUCCUGGCCACACCACCCUGUUUUUUGGAAAGCCAUGGCUCAUUAAAGAAGUCAUUGCAGUUUCCCAAGCAGAAUGGAUUCUAAAACCAGUGAAAAAAGAUCAGGCAACCUCAAAUUGCACUCAAGAAAUUCAGUUAUUUCCCAGAGUUGAGGGCUCCAGAAGUGUCAGUGGUGCCAAGCUGGAGUCUGACUGUAAUUGAAAUGGUAAUUCCUAAGGUGAUACUUUCCUCCACUUCAUCAGGUUCCUGUGCCCUCUCCCCCAGCUCCCUUGCCUGUCUGGAUGGGUUUCUCCCAAGUUGGGCUCCGGGUCCUGCCUCCCUGGGCCAGGCCAGAGCCCUUAAUGCUGAGGCAGCACUGCUCCUGUCAAGCUGUUUGUCGACACAUUGGCUUUUACCACAUGUCUUCAGCGGGGGAUGAGUUAGUGCUGGCCGGGGAAAGGGUGCCUCCCCAGGUUUGAUCUUUAGGGUCCAACUUUCUGGAGGAAAGAUGUUUAACAGAUGUGUCAAGCUGAUGUUGUAAUGUGGCUGGGGAAGGAACUCCAGACCCAAAGUGCUUGCCAGCUGGGUAUGUGACUGCGAUGCUCUGUCUUAAAGUGAUUCCUCUCUUUGUCCUGGAAAACAAGGUGAGGCAUUUUUAUUUUUUGUAAUAAUACAAAGCUGUGUUCUUCAGACGGGUUGAUUCACUGUACUCACUGCUUUCCCCGAGUGCUUUUAGUGUGUACAAUCAAAUGGUAUAAAUUAGGACACACUUUUCUUGCUUCCUUUUUCCCUGUAUUAUUCCUUUAUUGACAGUUCAGGGUAUUUGGCCUUUGGUCAGGCUGUGGCCAAGAUGAAGAAGAAACCACAGUGUGGCCCCUGGUUCUGAAUCACAAAUGAAGUGGGCCCAGGGUGGGUGUCUGUCAGUUCCAGAGCGGUAAUAGACAGUGGUGAGGGAAGGAAGUGUAUCUCCUUGCGGGGACUCUUCACCCCUUGAGGCGCCUCUGUGCCAUGUCUCUGGGCCCUCUUUCUCUGCACAUGUUGUGAGCGGCCAUGGGGAUCAUUGGGUACUUGAAGGGCCUGUUGGUGGGCUUACAGAGAACAAGUGGUUCACAGAGCUCAGGUGGAAACACAGCCUCCUCCGCACGCUAGGAUGGAACUAGGGUGAACUGUACCGGAGGGAAUUAUUCCUUAAAAGAAUCAGCGCCUUGUGUGGACUAAUACAGGAAAAACAAAACUUUUUGUACAUAUGAAAGUCAUGCUGCUGAGCAGUUAUGAUUUAAGAGGUUUUAAGUCAGAGGGAUCAUUUGAGGCCAGCUUUGUACAAGCUUUUAGAGCCUUUGCAAUGUCCUUCCCCUGCUGCUCUAGGGGAAGGAGUACAUGUAAACAGGUUCUUCAGAGACCUCUCAAGAGUUUUCAUAAGUUAGGCCCUUUGGGUUAACAAAAGUUAGAGUUCCGCAGAAGCACAGCCGCGGUUUUGACCAUUGCAAUGUCUGACGCGUUUUUAUAAAUCACGCUGUGUUCCUUCCCCUUUUCUGUCCUGCCCUUCACACUUCAAAUUUUCAUAAAAUAUUCACUUCACCUUCAACUUUGAGAACUAAGAAACCUUUGCAUGUGUUAGUAUUCUGAGGCAUCACCUGGGAAACCCCUUAAGCUGCUGUGCUGUCUGGGGGUCUACAGAGAGCAGUGCGGUGGCAGAUAGAGGCUGGUGCAUAUGCCACUCAUUUCACUUACAAUCUACCCGGUUCAGAAUCGAAUGCAGAUUUAUGAUAAGGGAGAAAUUUUCCAAACGGCAUUUUCUACACUUAAUUACUGGAUAUGUAGAAGUAAUUUGCUUUCUUAAGGUAAUUUGAAAAGCAGGAUCUACCACUGAGCAGUCCUACAGGAAUAGCUUGGGAUUGCCAGCCAGUCCCUUUCUGGGUACGCAAGGCUUUGUGUGAGGGUGCUGCGGGAUGUCCCCUGCUCGCUUAGCUCUCAGUUCCCCUGUGGAAGCAGCAGAAAUCCCUCUGCACCACCCAGUGUGGGAAGGAGGGUCGUCAGGAUGAGGAAGCAGAGUUGGGCAGCACAGAGGGGACCACUCAGUCAACUCGCCACCUGCACUGCCGUGAUGAGAACAACCAGUGGGGCUGUGAAAAGAUGGAUGUGCUCACAAAUCUGAGUGUUUAAUAGAGGUGACAAGGUGGUGACCUCUGCACAUGGGUUGGGUUCACUUUCUUACAGUUUCCUGGAGCAAGACCUAUAUCCCCAGAAAACAGCACUCUGGGGAGAAAGUCUGCUUUGGCACCAGUCUGAAGCAUUUAUGUCCAGAUAUCCUGAGGUCUCCAGCAAUCAGUACUGGACAGAUGCUAUACCUCUUCUGGCUUAUUAAAAAAGGCAGACCACAUCCUCCCCUUAUUGUCAAAUUUUUAAGGAAGGGAGGGAGUAAAAUAAUAGUGGUUUGUGAAAACAAAAUCCUCCUAUUCUGUGAAAUUAGUCUACAAAAUGGGCAGAUUUGGGCUCAUUUUUUGAAAGAGGGAUAAUAACAUUUGUCCAGCCCACUCCAGCUCAGAGCACCUCAAUGUAUGUGAUCUCCUUUCAACCUUACUCAUUCAGCCUUGUAAAGUACUGUGAGAUCCUCACUUUACAAGUAAAGAGACUAGGGCUUAGAACAGUUAACUGGAAGAAACAAGGGCUUAUAGCUGGUUCUGGGGCAUAUUGUUUUCCUGCUGCAGUAUACGGUGGUGCCCAGGAACAAAGAUGUGGCUUUAAUUGACUUGGGUGUGCCCCUCUGGGGUUGAAAUACCUAGGGACAGGAUCAGCAAGCUAGACACUCUUAAGGGUUUGUUUUUUAAGCUUCUGGACAGAAAUGGAGGAGAGAAUCUAACCAGAUGACUUUUAUAACAAUUCUUUCACUUUCUCCCUCCCCAUUUGAAAGCUCUUCUUAAGAGUGAGUGUGGCUGGAACACAAUCGCGUCCAGCUAUUUUCCUGUCACCACAUGUUUCCAGAUGUGGGACCAGAAAAAGGACUCUGCCUAAUUCCAGUUGUGGGUCCCCUUGGAGUUUACAUCACUUGUUUUUCAGUUCUGUUUUCUAUUCCCUUCAUCCAAAAUCCAGCAUAGGCUUCUAUGUAGGAACGUUUACUUAAAAACAAAAUUUCAAGUUCCUUAGCUGCAGGUGAUGGCCUCCAUCAUUUUAAUAUAGUCUGGAAUAAGAGUUUGCUCAUUAACCAAUAGCUUCCAUAGUAAACAUUCAAAACCCCAAAGCAAAGUUCACUUCUCAUCUAAUCCUUGCCCAGCAAGAGAAGGCCAGGUUGUAGGGAGACGAGAGGGAAAGCUGCGUGGAGAGAGGUGAUCCUGGCUUCUGUUCAAGCUUCAGUUGUUAGAGGGUCUUUCAGGUUCUUGAGCUCUUCUAGCAAUAAAGGAGAAACUGCUGAGUUCACAGCUUCCACACUCGUUAACAUUUAGUGGUGGCCCAGCACACACUAAAAUUGAUUGAAGAAAGGGUGUGCCAGAGAAGUGUUUAAAAUAGUAUUUUACAUUAAGAUUCCAUUUGGACCUAAACUUACUGUGUCAGGGUCAGGAGGCUAGGAGGUGCAGGUGAUUACAGAGAUACCCCUGCAGCAAAUUAAAAAUGGGAGGCUCUGGGAAUGUGCUGUGUCACAUCUGUGUGCAUAUCCCUGGCCUCCUCACCCCCAGCCUCCCAGUAUCCAGCAGCUUCUUUGACAAAAGCAUCUCCAAGGAGAUGGACAGGUGCUCUGUCUCCUGCGCACCACAUCCAGAUCUGCCCCACCAGACCCUGUGUGGCUCUAAGUGCUGGCCUCGGUGAGAAGCCCUCCAGCCAGCUGGUCUGUUGUCCAGGUCCGUCAGUGUCUGGUUUCCCUGCCCUGUGUAAUUUAAACAUUAGAGCUGAAUACAUCUGUCAUUCUCCCUUCUCUGGAGACUGUGAAAUGUCCAGAGCUUUUCAGACUAGUGCAGAGAAGAAAUGUUGUGUAACUCCAAGCAGAGGCCUGGGACUGUCCAGAUGUGGCGGAGCUGGCCCAGAGACUUCCUCCAGUGUGUAGCACAUCUGUCAGUCAGUCAGCCGGCAGCGAUCUAGGAGUGAGCCACAGCUGCACGCACCCAUGCAGAGAGGGAAACCUGGUUCUGAGUUUCAAACAGAAAUUGGGAGUCAGGACAUCUACUUUGUGCCAGCCUUAAUUUACCUCAUUACUCCUCACAACAGCUCUGUGGGGCAGGAAAGGUCAUCGUGUGAAGCCACUUUUACUCAGAUGAGCAGUGUCCCAGCCUUCAAACAUCAGCCCCUCAGACCAUUUGAAACCCUUUCAGGAACAAACUCUCAUGAGAAUUGGUGACAGGAUCAGACAGGCACAUGGCAUUCCCAGAGAACCCUUUCUUUCCAGACUUCUUCCCAUAGUUUCACCCUCAGAGAAAUGUUGGCUGUGGUCUCCUCCCCUGCCCCCUGCCCUCCUGUGGAAAGAAAGGUCAGUUACAGAUGCCCAGGCCCUGGGGAGACUGGAGAGGCAGCGGUAAGCCAGGAGCUCAGUGCUCAGCCUCUUCCCAGCUAUCACCAGUGCAGGAAUGGGACAGCAGCAGCUCAUUCUGGCGUAGCCAGGGCGACGGGGGCUGGGAGUAUGGACAUCUGCACCAACCACACUCUCCGAACUGUCUAAGCUGUUGGCAUGUGCUCAGUGCAGAGUGUUGGCAGUAACUGAUGUACUGCAGACUUGCAAAGACUGCUACCAUGUAAGUAAUGUAUGUAAAUUAACGUUUUGUGUAAUGAAAGUUUUUACUUUUUGCAAUUAAAAGUGUGUAUGUUGAUUGAUAA